AUGGAGCCGCCCGUCGAAAACGCCGAUCAGCAGGCUAAUAAGGUUGAAGACAAUGUAGAAAAUAUAGAAUCUGAAGAGAUGGUGGUAGAAAACAAUUCUUCAGAAGCUCAUCCUGAGGAAAAUACCGAUGCUGCUGGUCAAUCUGAGGCCGAUGAUGAUGCCAGAAAAAUUUUCGUUGGUGGUUUAAAUUGGGAGACGAAAGAAACUGAUUUGGAGAAUUAUUUCUCAAAAUAUGGAAAAGUCACCCGAUGCAUCAUUAAAGUUGACCGCUUUACCGGAAAUUCAAGGGGAUUUGGGUUUGUUACCUUCGACAAUGAAGAAUCUGUUAACAAAGUUUUGAGCGUAUCCGACCAUAAAUUAAUGAAUAAAAGAAUUGAUCCAAAAAGGGCAAAACCAUCUCGUGAAGUAAUUAGAAAGAUAUUUGUUGGAGGAAUAGACCCCGACCUUCCUGAAGAAACAAUUAAAGAAUAUUUCAGCCAAUUCGGCGUAGUGGAAAAUCUAGAUCUUCCCUUUGACUCUCAAAAGAAGAAGAGGAAACAUUACAUUUUUGUUAGUUUUACAACUGAAGCCGCCGCUCGUAAAGCAAUUGCCAAGGAAAGGCAGGAAAUCUGUGGUCGACAGUGUGACGUGCGAGUUGCUGUAACGAAGGAGCAGGCAAACAAAAAUAAAAACAUGAAGUGUAUGGCUUUCGUUGACCCCUAUGCCGCUUUCGCCGCCUAUCCAUAUGGAGAUUAUCCCAGUGCUUUUACUUCCUUGGACCCCUAUACCUAUAGUGGCUACUACGGUUGCUAUGAUUAUUUCAGUGCCACCCCGACCCCCAGCCCUGCAGCCAGAAUGUAUCCAAACUAUGCAACAAAUUCCGCCCUCUUCCGCAGUCAAUAUGGUCCUACUGCAACUGCAGCGGCUUCUGGUCCCCGAACAAACAAUACCUCUGUUACCCAUCAUCAAUCCCAUCAGAUUGCCGGCGGAGUACCAGCGGCUCAAAAUACCCACUUCCAAAACAACACUAAUAAUGUAGCAGCAUCAAAUGCUUUGGUUUAUUCUAAUGCCGCAGCUAGUAACAUAAAUUCCUCAAACUCUGGGCCCCAUUGGAAUCCUAAUAACAAUGAUUCUAAUUCUGCUAAUGCAUCUGCACAGGGCGCUACCGGGGUAUCCGCGUACUCCGACUAUGCUGCCCAACCUCAAUAA